CCUUUACGGCUGUUACGGUCUAACGUUUUCUUGCACAGACGCGGCUGGUUUAAGUUGCUAAAACUGAAGGAUGGGCAGGGAUGUACUCAUUAAUUUCUUUCUCUAGCAAAAUUGCAGCGUUUUUCUGUGUUAUAUUUAAAUUGUUGACGUCGUGAUUUAUUUUAUACAUUUUUAAAACUUGGAGUUUUAUCGCAAGCGUAAUUUAUUUGGCCAACUUUCUACUAGCUAGCUAGCUAACGUCUUUGCUGGCACUUGUUGCAGGAAGGAUUUAUCAUCAAAACAAUGCUCCGGGCUGGGAUUUAUUGGGAUGAAUGCGGUUUUGCUUUGUAGUUUAGAGUCUUUCGCUGGCGGUUAAACGUGAAUAUGACAAAUGUACGAUGUAUCCACGGAACGCCACACACAAUAAUCCCAUACACAAAAGUUGACAUUCACAAACGCUGUAGAAGUUAACGGUUGGCGUUUGUAUGAGUCCUGGUCGCGGAGUUUGAUCGGCCCUGGAAACUAUGGAAACGUCGAGCGAGUCGGAGUCAUUCGGCAGGAGCAGAGGACUCCGGUCGCGAGGGCGCAGAAGCGGCCGGGACCGGGAGAGGAGCAGCGGGAGCGGGACUGGGAGCGAUGUCCGGGCUGCAGACAUGAUCAGCCAGAAGAUCAGCAGCCUGGCGAACACCCUGCAGGACACCAGCCGAAACUUGACCAAAGUGGACCGGAUGCUGGGUCAGUACCGGGAGCACACGGAUGACCAGGCUGAGGCCAUGGCGCUGCUCAGAGAGAACCUGGAGGACUCCAUCAGUCAGUGGCAGACAAAGAGGCUGAGCAGAGUCAAUGGGGUUCGCAGUCCGUCCGCUUCUACCCUGCAAACCAGCGAUCUGGAAGUUCACUCAGAAUCUGAAGGACAGAGAUUUUACCCAACAUCCCCGCUGAGAGACAACAGACACCAUCCAGGAAGGAGGAGGAGAUCUCUGUCUGCUAACGUUCGCUUUAAGGAUUCUGCUGUGCCCACAGAGGAUAUUCAUGCAUUUCACCAGUCCCUGCGAGACCUGUGCUCGGAUCAUCAGAGACUGUCUGAUGACCUGGAUAGAGAGAUUCUCAGGAGGAACAGGGCGGAUAUUGACACUCGGCGGGCAAUGGAGAGCCUCUCAGAGCACAUGACAGCCUCCCAAAGACAAGACUCAGUGCCGUGCCGCGUGGACCGCCGCCUGCAGGAGCUUGAGAGGGAAAUGCUGCGCGGCGAGCAGGAGAAGGUGGAGAACGAGAGAAGGCCGGAGCAGCGUGUGGCCGCGGCCGACGAGCUGCAGGAGGCUUUAGGAAGACGCAAAGUACAGUCGCGUGAAGACGAGGCGACGGCCGCCAGGCUGCUUGGAGCAGAGCGGGAAAAAUCCAGGUUGGAGCAGGAGUUGGAGAAAAUCCGGAAUUUGCUCCAGCAGUCAGAGGACAGAAGGGAGUCCCUAAUGAAACAGGUGGAGGACAUGCACAGUGAGCUGCUGAAGAGAAGGACAGAGAGGGCUGAAGCUGCCAGGCCGCCAUUGGAAACCCCCCCACUCUGCACCCAGCCGCACAUCAGCCGCUCUGAGCAGGACGUGGGAAAAGGUCGCGCAGACUUGGAGAAAGAGCUGCUAGAGCUGCGAGCUCAAGUGCAAAGGGCGUCCGUCCUCGAUGAGGUCGAGGAACUGAAGAGGGCCCUGGACUGUAAGGAGAAGGAGAGGCUCCAGCUCAGCUUACAGGUGAAGGAAUUGUCGUCUGACUUCGCAAGGCAGGAGGAGCAGCAGCGGAGAAUGCUGGAGACGCUCCGAGACCUGCAGAGUCGAGGACUAACAGAGAAGAGGGAAAUGGAGGCGUUACUGCUGGAGAGCACGAAGAGCAGAGACGAUCUGAAGACCAGGGCUCAACAGGCUGUGGGGCAGUGGAGGGCAAAGUGCAGGAGGCUGCAGAGGGAGGUGGAGGAGGCAGCAAAGCAGAAGGAAAGCUCGCACGCUCAGCUGAAGUCCCUGAGCCAGCAGAGUGAGUCAGCCUGCAGGGAGCUCACUGAAGUCCUCGGCCGUUUGGCCCAGCGGGAUGAGGAGCUCCACCGCAGGGAGGUGGAGCUGAUGGAGGCUCGCCAGCGACUUUUGACACUAGAACAGGAAAACCGUGAGGUGAAGGAGGCCUCUGCUGCCCUGGAACAGGAAGUGCAUCAACAAGCUGCCAUCCAGUCAAGACUAAAGGAGGAGAACCAGACGUUAGAAGAACGGGUCGAAACACAAAGCCGUCGUUCUCAGAGGGCCCAAGAUGUGCAGGCGGAGCUUCAGGCCUCCUUGAAGCAGGCGACGGCCGCCAACAUGCAGCUAUCACUGCGGCUGGCGGAGGAGGAGAGCGCGGUGAAGGAGCUGAAGAGGAGUAACGCUGAACUGGAAGCCAAACUGACGGCGCUGCGGGUGGAGCGGGCCGCGCUGGGCCAGCAGCUGCAGCUGGAGAGGGAAGUCCACCAGAAGGAGCUGGACAGCGUGAAGGCCACAGCAGAAGACAGCGUCAUGAAGAAAGAGCGGCAAGCGCACGAGGCGCUCAAACUCUGUCGCCAGGAGCGGGACGAAGUGAAGGAGCAGCUGAGAGGAGUUCAGGCAGAUGCAGCAUCGGAUAAGGAACUGCGCGAAGCUCUGCAGAUCAAGUUGGACAGGAUGAAGGAUGAGUGUGAUAAACUGGCAGCACAGCUGAGCACAGAAGAAGAGAGCCGUUCCCUUCUCCAGAGAAAAUACCAGCUUCUCAAGCAGCAACUGGAAGACAGAGCCCUGUUGGGUAAGCAGAGACACGCGUCUGAGUCUGAACGGGAGCGUCUGGAGCACAGGGUGCUGCAGAUAGAAGCGGACCAGGAAGCCGUGCUGACGGCUUUGGGUGAAGAACUGGACGCUGCCUGCCGCAUCCUGGCUAAAAACGAAGACAAACUACAAGCAAUCUACCAGAGACCUGGAUUAGUGAAAGAUCCCCACCGCUGGUUAGCAGAGACAAAGACUAAGCUGCGCUGGCUGUGUGAAGAAGUGCGAGAGCACGACGCCAAAGCCCAGCGCUGGAAGAAGCAGCACCAACAGACCAAAGAUCAGCUGAAAGCCCUGCGGCAGAGCCGGGACUCGGAACAGGCCGUUCUCCUGCAGCGCCUGCACCAGCAGGAGAAGCUGCUGGAGGCGCUUGGCGCUGAAAAGAAAGAGCUGCUGGAAAAGAGUCGCAGGAAAGAAGAAGAAACGAGAAGCCUCCAGGAUCGGGUUUGGCAUCUGGAGAAGCAAACCAGACAAACCCUGGAUCAUCUGGAGACGUUACCAGAGGACAACCUUCUGUUGGAACAUUUCAAAGACUUGGAGGCGUCGCAGCAGCAGAAGGAGAUCGUGGAGGAGCGCUACUCCAAGCACAAGGAGGUGGUCAGGGAUCUGCAGCAGCAGCUGGAUGAGUCCAAACGGCGAAUGCAGGAAUAUAAAGAAGAGAAGUUGGACGCCACCUCCAGGAGCCUGAGACUGGCUGCUCUGUCGUCCUCCAUCAAAAGCCCCGGCACCUUCCUGAGCAGUUCGCUGAGAUCCGACUCUCAUUAGGAGGCGAUUUCCCGCAUUUAACUCAUCUCCAGCGCGAGGAGCCGAGGGCAGCCGCCACGCCGCGAUGGUAAACCAACUCCAGCUGUGAGGCAGGGCGAUGCGGAAUUCAUGCAGCGCGCUUUUACAUUCUGCAUAAGAGCGUCUUGUUAGCUCAUUUAUCACCAUAAAGUUAUAAGAAAAUAGACUUUCAGGUGGUGCCUUUUCUGUGGCAGCUAAAGAUGUCGCCAACAGCCCCUUUGCUGAAGCAGCUCCUUCUAAAAUUGAAAAGGGACUCAUCCGACAUGCUAAAGACAGCAUCUAUUUAUUUUUUAAACAUCUGUCAGCUUGCUGCAGUACCUCAGGAACACUCAAAGACCCAAACGAGACCGGAUCCGUCCAAAAACCAAACUGUGACCUGGGAUUUUUAUGUGAUUUCUAAGCACUUUUAUGGAAUGUUUUUAAAAUGUCUAACACUAAAGUAGUCCCACUGUUUUACCUACAGUUUACAUCUGCAAUCGAACCAAUAUAUCUGUGCUAAACUGUUUUCUAAAUGUAAAUGUUCAACACAAAGGUGCCUAAUAAACCCUGCAGUUGUUUUCUAAUGUCAUUUUUUAUUUUGUUCUUAUGUGAAACUUUUUAACGUUUUGAAAGUUUUUUUUUGUUUAAUGCAGUAAAUGACUGUUUUAAAAGAGAAACCAAAAUGUUUUCUUUAUGUAACUUUAUUGAAAAGUGCACUGCAAAUAAAUAUGCAUUCAGCUAAACAUG